CUCACUGGCAGUGUGGCCUCAGACGCCGUCCUCUGCACACCGCUACAGUCCACAUCCGAUUUGCCGCUCCUGCCUCACUGAGUCACUAUUGCUGCCGCCACGUAGGGAAUUUGCAUCGCUCGGAGCAACGACAAACGAAGAGUAUGUGGGAGUCCGCGAGCGUGUGUGUACGUGUUUAAUCAGUCCCACGGGUCACUCGUGUUGAAAAUGAUGAGUGUGACGAGAGACGUUAGUUGGUGUGACGUUUGUGAUAACUGUGACCUGCUACUGCCGCCACGCGCCGCCAGGAAGCUCUUGCUCUGAAAGUAUACCCCUGUGUGUGGGACUCACUAGUACUGUCUUCACUACUUACUUCCCAGCCUGCGCGGUUCCCCACACGCGCACCUUCCCCGCAGCUCUUACCCUCUGUGAGUUUCCUGAAGGAGGGACAGAAAGAGAGUCAUGGAGCGCAGUCAUGGUAUCGUGCGGGCAGUUCCAGUGGCCGUAAUCAGGAGCCUGGUGGUGGUGAUGCUCGCCGCGAUAGGACGCCGCCACCACUUUGACUCCUCGGGCGCCCUCAAGCUGCAGUACGACUUUGUGAUCGUUGGGGGUGGGUCUGCAGGCAACGCCCUCGCUGCGCGCCUCUCAGAAGUGCCAGGUUGGCAAGUGCUGCUGCUGGAGGCCGGUGAGGCGCCUCCCCCGGAGAGCUAUGUGCCGGGUUACCAUCAGCUGCUGCUCCACGGCGACGCUGACUGGAAGUACUUCUCUGAGCCUGAGAGGGACGUGUUCAGGGGCUUUACUGGCCAGAGGAUCCCGUACCCGAGGGGCCGUGUGCUGGGCGGCUGCUCCAUCAUCAACUCUCUCUUCUACGUGCGGGGCAACAGGCGUGACUUCGACAACUGGGAAGCGAUGGGCAACCCGGGCUGGGGCUACGAGGAGGUGCUGCGCUACUUCAAAAAGAUGGAGAACUUCAAGGACAGGAAGCCAGGUAAGCGACUUGGGCGCGGCGGCCCCGUCACGGUGGAAACCAAGGCGUUUCGGACCCCGGUGCUGGAAGGCUUCAUGAAGGCUGGCUACCAACUGGGAUUCUCCGAAGUGGAUCCCAGCGAUCCCGACCAAGUGGGGUUCGCCGCCGUGGAGCUCACCACGCAGGGUGGCGCGAGGUGGUCCACCGCGGAUGGCUACGUGCAACCUGCCACGGGUCGCCCCAACCUGCAUGUUGUACUCAACGCCCACGUCACGCGCAUUCUCUUCAACGGCAAAAAACGAGCCAUUGGUGUUCGCUUCAAGCACCGAGGGCAGAUGAAGAACGUGUACGUGAGGCGCGAGGUGGUGCUGAGUGCAGGCGCCAUUGGAUCUCCUCACAUCCUCAUGCUGUCUGGCGUGGGCCCCGCCUACCACCUCGCUCAGCACGAUAUUAAGAUCGUGGCUGACGUCCCUGGGGUGGGCCAGAACCUGAACGACCACGCCUAUCUCACUGGGCUCGCCUGGACCAUCAAUAACGGCACCUCUUUCAAUGUGUUCGACACCGUGCAACCUUCAGUCAUCGCUGAGUACGUGAGGAGCAGGAGCGGCCUACUUUCCACGCCCAUAUCCAUCGAAGGGCACGCCUGGCCCAGAGCUGCCGUCGGUGACCCACAGUGGCCCGAGGUUCAGAUGGGCUUCACUCCCUUCACGCUGGGGAAUGACUACGGUAUUCUCAGCUCGCGUGUCCUUGGCAUUGACAGAAACUUCUACCACCAGUACUUCCGCGGCCUUGGCGGAAUGACAGGCUUCUCACUGGGCCCUAUUCUCUCCCGCCCUAAAAGCCGCGGUAAUGUCACUCUGGUCACCUCAAACCCCUUCAACGCUCCACGCAUCUCCCUCAACUACUUCUCUCAUCCCGACGACAUACUGACAUUCAUAAGAGGCAUGAAAUUCGCCUUUGAAAUUGCCUCCACGCCAGCAUUGCGAGAUGACUUCGGCGCUCGCUUCUACGACAAGGUGCUGCCGGGAUGUGAGGCAUUCGUGCCUCUCUCAGACGCUUAUCUCGAGUGCUACGCAAGGACCCUUACAGGCACUAUCUACCAUCCCUCCGGCACGUGCAAGAUGGGGCCUGCCUCUGACCCCUUCAGCGUUGUGGAUCAUAGGCUCAAGCUGCGGGCGGUGCGGGGCCUACGAGUUGUGGACGCCUCUAUCAUGCCACAGAUCACCUCAGGCAACAUCAACGCGCCCACCAUCAUGAUUGGGGAGAAGGCGGCGGACAUGAUAAAGGCUGACUGGAAGACGUCCUAGCGCCGUUCAUAAUCACUCCAUCCCACACCUCAUGGCGAGGCUCAGGCAGCCCUUGCAAACACUCAGGAAGUUACUUACGAACUUUCUCUCUUUCUAAUUAACGCAAAUCCCAAGCGAGAGCCUCCAUACUAGUAGUAGUAGUAGUAGUAGUAGUAGUAGUAGUAGUAGUAGUAGUAGCAAUAAAUGAUGAUAAUAAUAAUAGUAAUUAAUAAUAAUAACAAUAAUAAUAAUAAUAAUAAUUAUAAUUAUAAUGAUAAUAAAGCCAUCAAGUGCAAAUUCUUUUCACAAAAUGGAAUCGUCCUGGAAUCUGGAAGAAAAUUCCACAUAGAAAACUGGAUAAAAGAAAAUAUAAAAUAAUCUACCCUUUAAUAAUACACACACACACACACUUCACAAGCCAGAGGACCGGGGUUCGAUUCCCCGGCCGGGUGGAGAUAUUUGGGUGUGUCUCCUUUCUCG